CACUGGAAAACGCUUCAACAACGAAAUACGGGUGUUCUCCCGUGGUUGUAGUUAGUUUGUAAUCCGUUACAUCGGCUCAAAGAAAUAAGUCAAAAUGACGGUCAGUAAGAAUAACAAGAUGUUACAGCACAUCAACUACAGAAUGAGGGUGAUGUUGCAAGACAGUCGAACAUUCAUCGGUACAUUCAAGGCGUUUGACAAGCACAUGAACCUUAUACUGGGGGAUUGUGAAGAGUUUAGGAAGGUGAAAGGCAAAGGACAAGCAAAACAAGUGGGAGUCGAAAGAGAAGAAAAAAGGGUCUUGGGGUUGGUGUUACUGCGAGGCGAGAACAUUGUUUCUCUCACUGUUGAGGGACCUCCACCGCCAGAGGAGGGACUUCCAAGGGUCCCCAUCCCUGGUGCUGCACCAGGCCCAGGUAUUGGUCGUGCUGCUGGUCGAGGCAUCCCUGCCGCUCCAGUUGGGGCUGCUCCAGCAGGCCUUCAAGGCCCAGUACGAGGCGUUGGUGGACCAUCACAACAGGUAAUGACACCUCAAGGCGGUAGAGGUGGACCUCCACCAGGAGGGCCAGCAGUUUCGGCACCCCCACAGAUGCGACCUGGUCUUCCACCUGGUCCUCCUGGAAUGAUGGGACGUGGAGGACCCCCUCCAGGAAUGAUGGGACCACCGGGAAUGAUGGGGCGUGGAAUGCCACCAGGUGGCAUGCCUCCAGGUCCUGGCCCUAUGGGAGGACGCCCACCCAUGGGACCCCCACCGCCAGGCAUGAGAGGGCCACCACCUCCGGGGAUGAUGCGUGGGGGCCCACCUCCAGGGAUGCGACCACCACCACGAGGGUGAAAGUAAAUAAACGUGUAUAUCUGUAGCAUUUGUUUUCGCGUCCUUUGAUGAUUCUGUGUUUUUUACGAUGUGGACUGUGCUCAUUAAGAUAGUGUGCAUUCUUUUUAAAAUUGUACUGAAUUGUUCCAUGCACUUUUUGCACAAAAUAAACUGUCUUUUUGCUAUA